CGCCCAGGCACAGGCACAGGCACCCCUGCUACCAACAGCAGCAGCCUUGAACACUCCGCUCUCUCUCUGCACUUUAUUGCCCGUCAAACGGCCACCACAAAUUCGAGAUGGUCAAGGAGACCGCAUACUAUGACGUCCUCGGUGUCGCACCGACUGCCACCGAGGCAGAAUUAAAGAAGGCAUACAAGAUUGGCGCCCUGAAGUAUCAUCCUGACAAGAAUCAAGGCAAUCCGGCUUCCGAGGAUAAGUUCAAAGAAAUAUCAAAGGCCUACGAGAUCUUGUCAGAUUCCCAGAAGCGCCAAGUCUACGAUCAAUAUGGCGAGGCCGGUCUAGAAGGUGGUGCCGGCGGCGGUGGCAUGGCGGCCGAGGACCUGUUUGCCCAGUUCUUUGGCGGUGGCGGCGGCUUCGGCGGCGGUCUCGGCGGCAUGUUCGGUAGCGGUGGCAUGAACCACCAGCGCGCGCCUCCCAAGGCCAAGACAAUCCACCACACACACAACGUCUCGCUUGAGGACAUUUACCGCGGCAAGAUCUCUAAGUUGGCGCUGCAACGGUCUAUCAUCUGCCCUAAGUGCGAAGGCCGCGGCGGCAAGGAAGGCUCGGUACGACGAUGCAACUCUUGCGAGGGCCACGGCAUGAAGACGAUGAUGCGCCAGAUGGGUCCCAUGAUCCAACGCUUCCAGACGGUCUGCCCCGACUGCAACGGCGAGGGCGAGAUCUUCAAGGACAAGGACCGCUGCAAGCAGUGUGGCGGCAAGAAGACCAUCGUCGACAGAAAGGUGCUCCACGUUCACGUAGAUCGCGGUGUCAAAAGCGGCACCAAGGUCGAGUUCCGGGGCGAAGGCGACCAAGCGCCCGGCAUAAUCGCUGGAGACGUCGUGUUUCAAAUCGAGCAGAAGCCCCAUUCCCGCUUCACCCGCCGCGAUGACGACCUCCUGUACAACGCCGAGAUAGAGCUCGUCACAGCCCUCGCCGGCGGCACCAUUUAUAUCGAGCAUUUGGAUGACAGGUGGUUGAGUGUCGACAUCCUCCCUGGAGAGGCUAUUGCACCGAAUGCUGUGAAGAUGAUUCGCGGGCAAGGCAUGCCCUCCUACCGUCACCAUGAUUACGGCAGCAUGUACAUUCAGUUUGCUGUCAAGUUCCCCGAGAAGAACUGGACCACCAACCCGGAACACUUCGAUGCGCUAAGGCAAAUCCUCCCUGCCCCGGCCGUCGUCAAUAUUCCUCCGAAGGAGUCCAUGUCAGAGCCUGCGGAUCUCGAGGAUGUCGAGGGCGGCACAAAGGGCUUCAGCGGCGAGCACAUGGAGGAGGACGACGACCCCCAACCGGAGCGUGUCCAGUGCGCUUCACAGUAAAUGGAGCGGAGUCGAACGCUUGGAAGU